AUGCUGCCGUCCAAUCAGCCAAUUGGGUGCCGGCCAGAAGUAAGGCAGGUAGAAGUUUCAGAUAAGGCUGUCAUCACUUCCAACAGAAUGAACAAGGUACGACAAGGUUGUAUAUGGCUGCUGCUGUGGUCCUGUCAGGAGACCUUAGGGUACCCUACAGACUGUAGGGACAGGCAGGACACCAAUAUGCGGUGCCCUUCUAUCUCCCUGGACAAGCUAUUGGACCGGAUCAUCCAGCAUGCUGAGCUUAUCUACCGUGUCUCUGAAGAGUCCUGCACACUCUUUGAGGAUAUGUUCAUCCCCUAUACAAUCCGGUCCCAGAUGAACCGGGGAGGAAAUGUCUGCACCACCAAAUCUAUCCCUGGAUCCAAGAGUGAAAUCCAGCAGAACUCGGACAAGUGGCUCCUUCAUUCAGCCCUGAUCUUGAUCCAGUCCUGGAUUGAGCCACUGAACAACCUGCAGACCACACUGGAUCGCUAUGAUAAUGCUCCCGACACCCUGCUCAACAAGACCAAAUGGGUGUCGAACAAGCUGAUAAAUCUGGAGCAAGGGGUGGUGGUCCUGAUCAGGAAGAUGCUUGAUGAAGGUAUUCUGAUAUCUGAGCCCAACCAAAGCCUGGCAUACCAUGUCGAGCAGCCCGAUAUGAUGGAGUCAGUGCUGACAGACUAUGCCCUGCUCACCUGCUUCAAGAAAGAUGCUCACAAGGUGGAGACCUUCCUCAAGCUGCUAAAGUGUCGCCAGACGGACAGACUUAGCUGUUUCCUUUUGUAG